ACGUGAUUGGUCUGUCAUUAUGGCUGCUUCCUGCGAAGUGACAGGUCUGACAGUCAGUUAGAUCUACCCAGUUGCAAAAGUUGGAAGAAAGUCCAAUGAAAGGGAACAUUCAACAUCACAAUUUCUGCCAGAUGAAAUGGAACCCCAGACACUUUUCAGGAUUCUACAAUAAUUAAAACUUUCUUCAAUACGGUGUACGCCAUAAGAAAAGUCUUGCAGCAAUGUUGAAAAAUCCAGUGUUUGUGGAGUCAUUCAUUGUUUUCAUCAUCGUGUUGUCUGUCCAUGCUGUGAUCUGGAACCUCUUUACCUGGUGCACACUUGCCUUGGCGAUUCAAGCUUAUUACGUUCAGCACAAGUGGGACAGGUUACUGAAAUCCGGAAAUGCUGUUUUUCAAUAUAGAUCAGCCUUUAGUAGUGGCCUGCUGCCAGCCAGUGUGGUUUUGCCUUUGCUAGGAAUUGUAUUAAAGGAGCAGUGGGAAACUGUUGGAAAUGUACAGUUCGAGCGGUUCUGCACCAUGUGUUCAGCUGCAGGAAUGGCCAUUGCUCUGUUUAUCUCAUUACUGGGUUUGGGCCUCACAAAGCCUCGGCCCACGAAUACCAGCAUUGUGUACGGUUUUGCAGCCAGUGCCAUAAUAUAUGCCCUGAAGCACGCUCUUGCAGUGUCUGAAGUCAUCGAAAUCCUGGAGAUACUAUUGAUUUUUGUCUAUCUUUCUCUCAUUGUCCUUUAUAUCAUGCCACGAAGCUUCACACCAGGAGAAGUUAUGUUGUUCUUGUCAGGUUUGAGCAUAGUUACCAACCAGCUCAUCAAACGCUCUUUGACUUUUGGAGAUGGUAGAUGCGAUCCACUUGCAUCAUUCCUCUUGGUAACUGUGGUUGGAAUGGCCCUCCUGGGAUUUAUUUUCGCUCUCAUGUACUGUUUCAUGGACUCUAAAACCUGGGUUUCAUCACUGAUUUUCCAUGUGACCACUUUGGCUUUUGGAAUGGGAAUCAUGGUGCCCUGGUUCUACCGGCUGACCAGAAACCAUCUUUUUCCUUGGCUUCUCAACUUCCUUACAGCAACCAGCACAAGGAUCUACCUACUGAGCUACUGGAUCACACUGGCAUUUUUUGCUUCUGUCAUUGUCUUUCAUCAGAACAGUAAGCAAUCAUCUGGGUCUAAAAAGUACAAAGCUUCAACUGCUAUAAGGAAAAGUUUUCAUUUCAUCAUAGUGGCAACCUAUGUCCCAGGUCUCAUCUAUGAUCGUUCACUACUCUAUGUUGCUGCUGUGGUUUGCUUUGCUGCAUUUGUGACGUUGGAAUAUAUAAGGCAUUUUAGGAUUAAACCACUAGGAAUGAUGUUGAGACCAAUGCUGGCCCUGUUCCUUGAUGAUCGUGAUAGUGGUCCUUUGAUCCUGACACACAUUUACCUGCUAUUAGGACUGACCCUGCCUGUAUGGCUUUUCCCUGGAGUGUUUGCCCCACAGAGCUCUUUCUCAGGAGAAGUAGCACUGGCUCCAUAUGCUGGAGUUCUAGCUGUGGGAAUUGGCGAUGCAUUGGCUUCUGCUAUUGGAAGCACAAUGGGAGAAGUUAAGUGGCCUGCAACUAAGAAAACCUUUGAAGGAACAGCAACUUCUGUCUUUGCCCAAAUCAUCGCUGUUGCUUUGAUUCUGAUCUUUGAUAAAACAGUGAGUUUGAAUGGCAGCUACACCUGGAUUGUGGGAUCUAUUGUUAUAGUCUCCCUAUUAGAAGCGUACACUGAUCAAAUAGACAAUCUUUUAUUGCCCUUGUAUCUUUUCCUUAUGCUAAUGGUUUGAUUGAGACAGUUGGAUGUACACUAAUGUUGCAGCAAAUUCAGGGGCAGAUACUACCCAAAAAAAAGGAAAUCAUAAUAUUUGAAGGUGAUUCCAAAACAAAUUAAUGUUGAACUGACAAAUUAUUAUUUUAAAACAAUGAUAACUGUAAUACAAAAGAAUGUGUUAACGCUUUUCCCGAUAGUGAAUUCAUUCCCUGAAGUGAAAUUAAGCCCAACACACAAGGAAAGUCCCUUAGUUUGUUCCCUGGUUUGGAUUGAUUUAAACAGCCUCGCCCUGACUUGGGAAAUUAAUUAAUUACAUCAGCCAGAGCAUCCAGAAUCUAUAAAGAAAGGAAGAUCUUGAAUCUUCAGACACAGCCUUUCAUUUUAGCAAUGAAUGAAGAAUUGUGCCUUAAACAUCAGAAUGGUAAAGGUCACAACUGCUGUUUUUUCACAUGGACCUCAACACAUUAUCAGUUUGAAGAGAGAGAUCUUGUCAAGUGGUAUUUUCUCUGUUCAGUAAAAAUGAAACAAAAAUAGUGCAUCCCAACCAUUGAUAUGUCAAUCUUUAUAUUUCUGAUAUUCGAUUAACUGUGACUGACUAGUAUUUUUUUUUCAUGCAGUUGGAAGUCACAAUUCACAAUAAAAUACUGCAGCUGUUGAAAUUCUGAGACAAACAUCAACAUUACUGGAAACACUCCGCAAGAAGUAUGGUGAAAAGAAAAGGUUAAUAUUUCAGGUCUAAUCUUUUCAUGUUCUGAAUCAAAGAUUAGAGCAGAAGGAUUAACUUUUCACCUCCUUUUAACCUCCUGUCUGACUUACUGAGUCCUCCCAGAAUGUUCUGUUUCGAUUCCAGAUUUUCAACGUCUACAUAUUUCAUUACCAUUCCUGACCACUAUCCAGUAAAUCCUGAUGAUGAAAGGUUCUCAUGUGGAUUUUAGGCAAGGAUGGCUUUGAUCUGAAUAUAAAAUGUCCUUUCACUAACCCAACCUGGUAUUAUCAAAUGUAAAGAGAAUAGGGAAAAGAUUAUUAAAACUUGCUUUUUAAAAACAAGGUAUUGAUUCAAGAAAAAAAUCUCAACUAGCAGAUCUUGUGAUAAUACUGUAUUUUACAUGUGUGUUGCUGAUAUUUGCUGAUUGAGGUGUAUUGAUCACACACAACCAUCUGCAAACUUAGUCAUGUGACUUAUGCCUGAUGGACCUUAAGAUUUUAUUGCACGGAAGAUCAUAGCUAAAAUUUAUAUGUAUCGGAAAAUGGAAUGAAUAUUAAUUCUUACUGAAACCACAUCAACCAGGAACAGUACAAAGGGGUAUGGUUGGUACUUGAGUAACCUGGAACAAUGCAGAACAUUUAGAAAGUAUACACUGCAAUUUGUAACUGUUAUACUUCACAAACAUAAGCAAAUUGUGAUCUGUCAUUGGAGAAAGAAGCAGUGAACAGACUGAAGAUCUUUAUCAGGGUGAUUGGAGAGAAGGUUAGGUGGGUAAAGAUUUGGUGAGUCACUCAAUCAAGGUCACUAGUAUCUACGUUACAGGAACUGGUCCAGAAAACAGAGACCUGGAAGUCAGUUGCCAGUCAUUCAGCAAUGGUUACUGCAUAAUGAUGCAGAAAAAAAACAGAAAGGGAAUUAGAAAAGUGAUUCAAUCCUGCUGUGCCAUUCAAUAUGAUCAUACGUGAUCAUUUUCUCGAAUGCCAUUUUUCCUGCACCUUAUCUGUUUAUCUCAGCUUUAAAUAGUGAUGGAGCAUCCAUAACCCUUAUCCUUUGAGUGAAUCCAUUUCUCCCCAACACUUCCAAAAAAUUGCACCUUAGCCUGAGAUUGUGCCCAUAUUCUUGAUUUCCCACCCAACAGAAACAAUCUCAUUGUCUACCCUGUCAGGUCCAUGAUUCUAAAAGCUCUGGUUUUGGUUUGGUGUAAACAUUUAACUUUUUAUGCCCUUAUUAAAUACCUUAGAUACAUUCCUUAGGACAAAUGCACUUUUUAAAUGUAAGUUUUUCAUGCAAGUAACAAAAAAGUGAGAAAGACAGAUACUUCGCCCAACUAUCUCUCAGACACAUGCACAAAAAAUGCUUACGAAUGAUCUUUAGUUACUAAAGAACAAAAUCAUAACUACAAUACAUUUUGCACUAAUUUAUAUUUAAACAUCAGUGCUUUUCUUUGACUGAUAUGUGAUGAGUCACAUUCCAAAUUUCACCAUUUCAACUUGUGGUUGUUAGUCUGUCCCAUGUUUUCUAAUUGGGCAGUAGUUAACACCCACUCGAGAAAUUUCAUCUCCAGGAUGAAAGAAAUCACUACCUCAAUGAUUGGCUGGUGAACAUUUGAAUAAUUGUUUCUGGGUGGGUGGGAAAAAGUGAAAUAUUGCUGCUUAUUGUAGAACAUACGUUUCAGCAUCUAUGUCUAUGUGGUCAAAUAUCUGUUUAAAUGGUUACUUCAAAUAGUGCAUAAAUGGGGGAAUUGCUGGUUUUACUCAUAAUGUCACUAAACUAAUAAUCCAGAUGCCCAGGCUAAUGCUCUGGGCACAUGGGUUCAUCCCAUCGUGGUAGAGAAUAGAAUUUAAACAAAUUAAUAAAUUUUAAUAUGAAGAUAGUCUCAUGGUCACUAUAAUUGAGACUAUCAACAAUUGUUCUAAAAACCCAUCUGGUUCACAAAUGGUCCUUUGGGAAGAAAAUCUGCCAUUCUUCCUUGUUCUAACCUAGAUGUGAUCAUGGACCCACAACAAUGUGAUUUACUCUUAACUGCCCUUUCAAAUGAAGCACUCGGUUCAAGGGCAAUUAGGGGUGGGCAAGGCAAAUGCAACACCAAUAUCCCAUGAAGGAAUAGAGAAUAUUAAGAGAGUUAUAUGAGAAAAUAAUUUAUCAGGUCAUGGAAUAAGCUAAGCAUCUUGGUCUUCAUUACAACCUAGUGACACCAGUUGAGAAAGAUGUCUGCAUCAAUGUCAGGUUGGUUCAAACUUGGUUGUGAUGUAUUUAUAAUAAGGUGGGCUUGUAAGUGACCACAGGUCAAUACACUGAGUACUUGUCGAAUGAGAGGAGCAGCAAGUGAAUACCUACAGCGGAGAUGGCAGAAGACCAAACAAUUUUAUACUGAGGUUUUUCCGUACGGUUAGUCAUCCAAGCUUGUAGUUCAUUCCAAGAAAAUUAAGCACACCUCAUUGAAUACAACAAAAUGAAUGUUGUCUCUUAUUACUUCAGUUUGCUGAAGGACUGAUACAUUCAAGCACUGUUCUACACAAGUUGCUUGCUUUUUCUUUAAAUUAUGAUCUGCGCUGUAAAAUGAUUGUUGACUUCAAGAAAUUUACUGAAAUUAAAUUUCUUGAUAAUAAACCUUUGAUAAGAUGCAUGCAUAACUUUAUAAUCACAAAAGAUUUGGAAGCAGAAGAUCUUGGGAGACUACAAAAUACUAAUAAACUAUGUAAAAAUGAUUCUAUAGUUAAAUUCUGUGUGCUGCAAUUACUGAAUACAUGCUUUGUUAACUUCUGAUAUGUAAAAAAACUUCAUGUAACUUGCAUGGUGCCUGACAGUUAAAUAAGAAUUUUCAUUUUACAAUGUUGCACUGAUAGCAAUCUGUUUUAACAUGGCUAUUGUCUACUAGUUGUAAUGAAUCAUGAAUAUUUGUUUUUAAUAGCUUUUUCUCCCUUCUGGCCUAUUCCAAUGUUACUUUUGCUUCCUCUGACACAUUCUCCCACACUCUGUCCGUUGCUUGUACCCUUUUCCCAGUCCUCCUAUUCCAUCUAUUUUCAGUGAUGAGAAGAAAUCCCUAUGCCAUGUGUCUGCAUUUUCACAGCCAAUAACAUUCAGCUAUCAUAGGCUGAUCACUGUUAUUGUAUUUCACAGAGGAAACAAGAUUCUGAAAUCAUCCCUAAGAAUGUGGCACAGUGGUUAGCACUGCUGCCUCGCAGUGCUCGGGACCGGGUUCAAUUCCUGCCUCAGGCAACUGUCUAUGUGGAGUUUGCACAUUCUCCCAGUGUCUGCAUGGGUUUUCUCCGGGUGCUCCGAUUUCCUCCCACAGUCCAUGGGAGGUGAAUUGGCCAUGCUAAGUUGCCCGUAGUGUUAGGUGCAUUAGUCUGGGGUAAAUGUAGGAGAAUGGGUCCGGAUGAGAUGCCUUUUGGAGAGUCAGUGUGGACUUGUUGGGCCGAAGGGCCUGUUUCCCACACUGUAGGGAAUCUAAGAAAAGCCAUUGGAAUAAGAAGGGGGGAAGUGGGGGAAAAAAAGAGGAAAGGAAUCUAACCAGUGAUUUCAACAUCCCAUGACAAAUUUUAGAAAUACCCAUGCACUCAGAUAUCAAAACUUGACAGUGUAAAGAAUUUAUAAUUUUAUAUCCUUUGUUCAAGCUUGAACUAAUAAAGUGGUUAAGCAAAACCCACUGAACUCUGAGUCAUACAGCAUGGAAACAAACCCUUUCUCAGUGCUUCUAUUUACAUGCUAGCCAACUGAGAAAGACCUCCAUAGAUGCACCAUGUUUAAUGUCUACAAUAUAUUAACAGUACAGAUUGCAGUGUAAUUCAUACACCAGCCUUUUUUUUCCCACCCCAUCUUUAAAUAUGAUGCAGUUUAAAUGUUCUCUCUCUGAACAA